AUGAAGACUACCAUCAUCGCCUCUUACCUGGCUCUUUUAGCCGCCAUCUCGGUCGUAAAUGCGUUUGUUCCUCAGUCUUCGGCGAAUGUUUUCGGUCGCGGCUCGGCGCUGGGUGCCAAAUACAACUCAAUGGACGAAAUCCUGGCGCUCUUCCCGGAUGAUAAGCCCGUCCUGAUCAACUUUUACGACGCCGGUACCGAAAACUCAAUUAAGGACGACAUUCUUCGAGCCAAAAAUCUGCUGGAGGAUCGGGCAAAGCUUGUUUCGAUUAAGCAACAAGACUAUCCGGAAAUUGCGAAGCUUUGGGAUGCCGAUUCAAAGAGCCCCAGCAUGAUUCUGUUCAAGGACGGCAAGCCCGUGACCCGGCUUUACGAACAAACGCACUAUCUUGAAAUUGUGGCCCACAUGGGGAAGUUCUGCGAUGAAUCAUAAAAAACUUGGAUUCCGGAAAACACACCCGCGUAGGAUUUGGCCAGUGAAGUAUUGUAUCCGAUGGGACCACCUCAGCCGUUCCAGACCGUCCCAACGCUCAACACAAUCCAUUGGUAAUCAGUAGGUAAAUGAAUUUAGAGGGUUCAAAGU